GGGAGGGCAGGCCGGACAUGGUUGAGAGUGUGUCCAGCAGGUUAUGUGUGUGUGUGUUGUGGUCAGUGAAAGACCCCGAGGCCUGGAUCCUGAUUCCUGCCUGAGCUGUGUUUGAAAACAGAAGACUUGAGUCGGUGGGUUUGUCGGUGUGGAACGGAGGUGGUGGCCAGCGGGAGCCCACUUUUCCUGUCCAUUCAAGGGCAUUGCCGGGGCCCGAAGAUCAGCUCUGCACUGAGGCCUGUCAGCCAAGCAGGCAGCCUCAUGGACCUUUGAAGACGUGCAGGGCUUCACCGCAGGAGAUGCAUGAGCUGACAAGAUCUGAGCUCACGCAGCCAUGGGGGACUGGAACCUGCUGGGAAAGCUUUUAGAAAAAGCGCAGGAGCACUCCACUGUGGUGGGGAAGGUGUGGCUCACCGUCCUGUUCAUCUUCCGCAUCCUGAUCCUGAGCGCCGCAACAGAGAAGGUGUGGGGCGACGAGCAGUCGGGCUUCACCUGCGACACCAAGCAGCCCGGUUGUGAGAACGUGUGCUAUGACAUCACUUUCCCCAUCUCCCACGUUCGUUUUUGGGUACUGCAGAUCAUCUUUGUGUCCACGCCUACGCUGAUCUACCUGGGACACAUCCUCCACCUGGUGCGGAUGGAGGAAAAGCAGAAGGACAAGCACAAUGCACAUCAUUUAGAAAAGCACGACCAAAUAAAGGCUCUGGUGAGGGACAACAAGGGACGUGUGCGCCUGCAGGGGGAGCUCUUGCGCACAUAUGUCUUUAACGUGGUUUUUAAAACUCUGUUUGAGGUCGGCUUCAUUGUGGCUCAGUAUCUCUUGUAUGGCUUCGAGCUGAGGCCCAUGUACACAUGUGACAGACCGCCCUGCCCCAACAUGGUGAACUGCUACAUAUCCCGUCCCACAGAGAAAACCAUCUUCAUCAUCUUCAUGCUGGGAGUGGCCAGCGUCUCUCUGUUCCUCAACCUCAUAGAGAUCUACCACCUGGGCUUCACCAAGUGUCGCCAGGGCAUCACCUUCAGGAGAGGUGAUGAGUCCCCUGUGAGUCUCCCCAAGGAGCCCAGUGAGGCCGCGGUGCCGUACGCGCCGAGCUUCGACGACUACUUCCACCAAGUCCAGCCAGCCUACCCGCCCGUCCCCGGCUACAACCUCUCCCCUCUCUCCGAGGGCACGGACUCGUCCUUCCACCCCUACCACAGCAAGGCGGCCUACAAGCAGAACAAGGACAACUUGGCAGUAGAAAGGAGCAGCAGCAAGCCAGAGGAAUGUGACCUGAAAGGAAAGAAGGGAGCAGGAUCAGCCCCUGGGUCACCUACGCAGGCCAGGCCCGGCCGCAGUGCCAAACACAGCAACAACAAGACUAGAAUAGACGAUCUGCAGAUAUGAGGAGGUUUAUGUUUCUCUGAGGGUGUCUUAAAUUGCUGCGAGGGGGAUCAUAUGUUGUUUGGAAGCAUUCAUACAUGCUGUACUGACUCCCCCUUCUUUAAGAGGGCACAGGUUUGACUCAUUCCAGCUUAGAUGGGAGUGACAUUUACAGGGCACACGGAGAAGCUGCAGGUGUACAGGUAUGUGUGAAGACUGAUGUGGGUCAAUAAUCACAUUUCAAGGAAGUUGUGCUCCACUGAGAAGUGUCCCAGCCCUUUUUUCUUUCAAAAAACGUAAUUGGAUAAAACAUUAGAGUUUUUUUUAUUGAUUUGUGUAGGGUAUGAAUUUCUCCACUAUUCACUGUUACUGAGAACCUAACAAAAUCAACAAAAAAAAGACGCAGUCUGCUCAGGUUUUACAUGAAUGUAAAUGAGCCCAAAAAAUGCACCUCCGUGUAUAAAAUUGCUCAAACUUUGGGAACAGAAUCCAGGGCAGAAACUUGUUCAGCACUGGCCUGACCUCAUUUGAGGAAAUCAGAUAGGGCGAAUAGUUAAAUUUAACUUCCUUUAACCGUUUUGAGGUCACCAUUUAGCAUAGUUCACUUGCUUAGACUUGAAGUGAGAAGUUGUGCAAUAUCUGACAACACAUUGGACACUGGAAAUACUGUACCUAAUUCCAGGACGCGCCUCAAAAAUAAAUAAAUUGCACUGGUCUCAGGAGUUCCCACAUUUGUGCUGCCUCAUUUUUUUUUCUUUUUUUUGCGACAGCCAGCAAGUACAUAAUUAUAAGCACAUUGUUUUGUUUAUCCUUGUUUAUAUCUGUGUUUGUGCCGUUUGUUUUCUGUAAAGCACUUGGUGACAACCAUAUUUGUAAAACUGCUCGAAAUAAAUCUGUCUUAAAUUUGCAAAGCUAGCAGUGCAUUUAUAAUCUCAAGUCUUGAGCAGGGAAAAAGGGGGGAGUCAUUUCACUGGGACACGUGUUGCAACUGUUGUUUUAUAUCCCUGAAACACAUAAAUCAACUCAGGAGGAGACACUAUAAUAUUGGUAAUCAGUUUCUAAAUACUGUAGCUCCGACAUUUAGUACAUAAAAGCUCUGCAGACACACAGAGCCUUUGUUUUUUGAUUUUGGACACAAUGAAUCUGUGAAGUGAGGAUCCACCAGGUGUACUUUGAGUCAUCAGCAUGCACCCACAAACAUUUCAACCUGUCCAAAACUGACGUGCUGGAGCGGGAAUAAACAUGUCAUGUGUAAAGUCUUUGCUGUCUGCGUAUCCAACACAUGCACAUCUUGCACUCAUGUCUGCCAGGAAAGCGCACCACGCAGGCACCCCUGGUAUGGAAACCUUGAAAUUAACGACAUAGCAUGUUCAUGACGAGGAUGUUGCCUCAUAGCUUUGGACUUGUACAUUCAUCAUUUUCUGUCAGUGCUUUAUGUGUCAAGGGAGGAAGGUUUUUUAACUUAAAUAUGUUAAAACAAAAGAGUACAAUUUCUAAAAAAAGAAUUCUUGACGUGUUGACAUAUGAUGGAGUGUAGUCUGGGCAUACCCUUCUUUACUUUAGUGUGUUGUGUUGCCAGAAACAAUGUGUUUCAGACCUUCCAGACAAAACAGUCAGGAGAAUUAUUUAUACGUAUGACACCAUAAAUCAGUGAGUAAACUAGAAUAGUGUUUGAUUCUGAAACAUGUCACAUCUACUUUUACAAAUGAGAAUAAAACACGAAGGUUAGUCGCAGUUGUUUUAAGACAUACAUCAUCUUCAGAUGUAAUAAAGUGAUCAUCUCGGAGAAAAAGGCUUGUGUGUUUCUGAAACGCUGACAGAUGAAUAGAGGAGUUUAUGAAUAUAGAUGGAUAUCCAGCACUUUGAAAUGAAAUCCUUUUAGUG